CACCAGCAAAUUCAUACUGAAGAGAAGCCUUAUAAAUGUCAGGAUUGUGGCAAAGACUUUAGCCAGGGCUCAGGCCUUAUGUACCAUCAGAGAGUUCAUACUGGAGAGAAGCCUUAUAAAUGUAAGGAUUGUGGCAAAGGCUUUAGCCGGAACUCAGGCCUUAUGUCCCAUCAGAGAGCUCAUACUGGAGAGAAGUCUUAUAAAUGUAAGGAUUGUGGCAAAGGCUUUAUUCAACGCAGAGGUCUUACUUGCCAUCAGAGAAUUCACACUGGAGAGAAACCGUAUAAAUGUCAAGAAUGUGGAAAAGCUUUCAACUUUAGCCAGGGCUCAGGCCUUAUGUACCAUCAGAGAGUUCAUACUGCAGAGAAGCCUUAUAAAUGUAAGGAUUGUGGCAAAAGCUUUAGCCGGCACUCAGGUCUUACUUGCCAUCAGAUAAUUCACACUGGAGAGAAACCACAGAAAUGUAAAGAAGGUGAAAAAGCUUUCAGUCACUAUGCAACUCUUACUAAACAUGAGCGAAUUCAUACUGAAGAGAAGCCUUAUAAAUGUAAGGAUUUUGAUAAAGACUUUAACCCAGCACAUUGGUCUUACUUACCAUCAGAUAAUUCAUACUGAAGGAAAUCUCAUAAAUGUAAGGAAACCUGCAAAGGCUUUAAUCAGAGCUCUCACAUCACUGGACAUCAGAGAACAUGUCCUGGAGGGAAACCCUAGUAAUGAAGUAAGACAUGGAAGAGGUUUGUCCUGAACAUACAGUUCAGGAAA